AUGCUGCGACAUUUUCUUUUGAUUGCCAUUUUCUUGAUUGCAGUUUCAUACAGUAAGCCUUGACUUUUUUUGGUUUUUUUAACCAUAAAUUAAAAUUUAUUUAUUGUAUUUUCAGCUUAUGCUUAUGCGUUGAAAAAUCAUAGUGAUGAGAAAGGGUAGGCAAGCCAGUUUGGUAAUCUCUUGGUUUUGGAAUUAAAUGUUUGAAAAGUUGGAUACCUAUGUAAUACUAAUAUGUACUUUUAUUUUCCAGACUGUCUACAUUAUUUUCAGACUAUCUACAACAACUCAUGAGAUUGUCGGUAUUUUACAUGGUCUAGAAGAGGGAAAACGUAAGUGUUCAGCAGCACCUUGUCUUGUCGGGAAGUGCACAAAGUGCUUCUCUUAGCCUCUGAUGACAACCAUGGUAUCAGUAUGUCGGGAAAAUAAUGUGGAUUUGUCGCGCCUAGGAAAUUUUAGAUAAUAUUCGAAAGAGUUUUUGGAGAUUUGCUGUGGCAACUACACAUUAUUUUUCUGACAUACUAAUAUUAUACAUGUCGUAAAUUUAAAAAUUCCUUCUGUUUUUUUUCCGAUAGAUAAAAGAAAAAAAUCUUGAAAUCGUAGUUACCGUAAGCUUCAAAAAAUUAAACCUUAUAUUAUAUUUCCAGGCUCCAAGCGCAAGGCCGACAAGAAGAAGAAAAAGAAAAAGAAGAAGAAGUCCAAGAAGGACAAGAAGAAGAAGAAAAAGAAGGGCAAGAAACCCAAAAAGGAAAAGAAAGAGAAGAAAGAAAAGGGGGAAAAGGAUGAGUCAAAGUCUGAUGAUAAUUCCCAAGAAUAA